GAAGCCAGCCGGAAGGGAACCGGAAAGAGGAAAGGGGACUUGUUACGGUGGCCUGGAGGAGUGGCGGAACCCGCACAAGGGAAUCUAUCAUUUCUGGGAUUUACAGUCGUGAUGUCGUUCAAGAGGGAAGGGGACGAUUGGAGUCAACUCAAUGUGCUCAAAAAACGAAGAGUCGGGGACCUGCUGGCCAGUUACAUCCCAGAGGAUGAAGCCCUGAUGCUACGGGAUGGACGCUUUGCUUGUGCCAUCUGUCCCCACCGACCUGUACUGGACACCCUGGCCAUGCUUACUGCCCACCGCGCAGGCAAGAAACAUCUGUCCAGCCUGCAACUUUUCUACGGCAAGAAGCAGCCAGGAAAGGAAAUGAAGCAGAAUCCAAGACAUCAGAAUGAAUUGAGGAGGGAAGAGACCAAAGCAGAGGCUCCUCUGCUAACCCAGACACGACUUAUCACUCAGAGUGCUCUGCACAGAGCUCCCCACUAUAACAGUUGCUGCCGCCGAAAGCACAGACCAGAAGCCCCUGGUCCCUCAGUCCCCCGUUCACCUGUGCCACCCCCAGAGCUUGAACUCCAAAGUGGGAAGACCAGUAGGGAACCUGAGCUUAGUGCUGGCCCACAGGCCAAGGAGUCAGCAGCUGUCUCAGCCCCUGCCCCCAUGAGCCCCACAAGAAGACGAGCCCUGAAUCACUAUCUCACCCUUCGCAGCUCUGGAUGGAUCCCAGAUGGGCGUGGUCAAUGGGUAAAAGAUGAAAAUGUUGAGUUUGACUCUGAUGAGGAGGAACCCCCUGACCUCCCCUUGGACUGACACCCUCCUUCCCCAUGCAUUCACAAAUAAACUACUAUCGGUGCUGGCAACCUAA